AUGGAUGUUGUAUGCAGCGGAUUUGUUCUUCUCAUGAUACUGGCUAUUGCACCAGUAGCGGCAGCAGCAGCAAAGGAGUCUGCUGUGAAUUUAUUGGAAGCUGAAGCACUGCUCAAGAGUGGCUGGUGGCGAGACGAUACUGCUGCAAGAAACGUCUCUGCCCACUGCCAGUGGCGUGGUAUCAUUUGCAACGAUGCUGGUAGUGUUACCGACAUACUACUUCCAAACUACGGAAUUCUGGAUGGCUUGACAAAUUUCAGCUUCUCUUCUUUUCGGAACCUGGUUAGACUAGAUCUCAGUGGAAAUAACUUUUACGAAGCUAUCCCAUAUCAAACAGGUGCACUCUCCAAACUCACCUAUCUCAAUUUGUCUUUAAACGAUCUUCAUGGCCAGCUCCCUUCUUCUCUAGUAAACCUUACACACCUAGCACAACUUGAUGUUUCUUGGAACUGGAUUGGAGGUUUAAUUCCUCCAGGUAUCGGAAACUUGACAGAUUUGGUUACUCUAGAUUUGAGCCAGAAUUGCUUUUGGGGCCGCAUCCCACCAACUCUUGGCCACUUGUCCAAUCUGGCCUCCAUUAACCUCAGCAAUAACUACUUCAGUGGGACAAUUCCUUCAGCUCUUUUUAAUUUGACAAAUCUUUCCCGGCUAGACAUUCACUUCAAUCCUGCAAUGGGAGGAUUUCUCUCAGAAGAAAUAGGAAAUUUGAAGAGUUUAGUUGAAUUAGACUUCAGUGGCCUUAAUCUUUCAGGAGCCCUCCCUUUAACUCUUUGCCGCCUAACCAAACUAGUAUCUCUUUCAGGUGCUGAGAAUCAAAUUCAUGGUUCCAUUCCCUCUGAAAUAGGAAAUUUGAAAAUUUUGGAACAUCUUGUCCUUGGGUCCAACCGGCUGACUGGUCAAAUCCCUCCGACCCUUCGCAAUCUGACUACUCUAGUUACUUUGAACCUCUCUUCUAACCAAAUAAGUGGUUCCAUACCUCUUCAACUUUCCGGUAUACCUUCUCUAACAUUUCUAGAUCUUUCCUAUAAUGCUUUGGAAGGUGAACUUCCGUGUGAGCUUGUCACUAAGUUUGGUUCAGAAAAUUUUGUCGGCAAUCCAGACUUGCAUCACGAUUCCACUCUUUGUGGCGAUCACAGACAUCACCCCCCAUACUACAUCAUAGGUCUUGGCGUGUCCUUCUUGGUGUUCUCAUUAAUUGGCGGAUUAGUGCUUUAUAUCUUCUGCAAAACCAAAGUCAAGAAAGUGGAACUUGAGCUGAUGGACAAUAAACACGGAGACAUUUUCAGAAUAUGGAACUAUGAUGGACAUAUGGCUUAUGAAGACAUAAUUAAAGCAACAAACGAUUUUGAUGUCUGUUAUUGCAUCGGGACAGGGGGUUAUGGCUCUGUAUACAGAGCUCGGUUGCCAAGUGGGAAAGUAGUGGCUUUGAAAAAGCUUCACCGUUUGGAAGGCGAGAAUCCAAAUUUUGACAAGAGCUUUAGGAAUGAAGCCGACAUGCUAUCUAAAAUCAGGCACAGGAACAUUGUAAAGCUCUUCGGAUUCUGCCUGCACAAGCGAUGCAUGUUUCUGAUUUAUGAGUAUAUGGACAGAGGAAGCUUGUUUUGUAUCUUGAGAGAUGAAACUGAAGCUGUGGAACUGGAUUGGAUUAAAAGAGUGAAUUUGAUCAAGGGCAUUGCCGGUGCAUUGUCCUACUUGCAUCACGAUUGUGAUCCGCCAAUCAUUCACAGGGAUGUAUCAAGCAACAACAUUCUUUUGAAUUCACAGCUCGAAGCAACUCUUUCUGACUUUGGAACUGCGAGGAUUUUGGAACUUGAUUCAUCAAAUCAAACGGUCACUGCAGGCACCUUUGGUUACAUGGCACCAGAGCUAGCCUAUACCAUGGCGGUCACUGAAAAGUCCGAUAUGUAUAGCUUUGGCGUUGUGGUGCUGGAAACGCUGUUUGGAGAGCAUCCACGAGAAUUCCUUUCGUUCAUAGCAUCACAACCCAAUGAACCAAUAAUGUUGAAGGAUCUUCUUGAUGCCCGUCUGCCCCCUCCGACUAACCAUUUGGUCGUUCGAAAUGUGGCUGUUGCAACAGCGUUAGCCCUGGAUUGCGUCAACACAAACCCGAAAUGUCGACCAACAAUGCAGCAAGUGGUGAACCGAUUUGAAGUGGGCAGGCGAGAACCAACUAGGCCUUUGCACGCCAUUGCUGUGAACCAGCUUGUUAGUCCACCAGUACUUUCACUGCCUGACCAAACCUGCGCAGAUGGGAGGAGUAGCUCAAGCACCAUAAAUGAAUUCCAUGUGGAUAUCUCUGCGACUCUGCCAUCAUCCAAUUUUUCUAUCCAUGUUUCUACCUAAACAACUUUGAUAUCUGGUAGGAAACAGAAUAAGAUCGUGCUUUGCAAAAAUGGAAACUUGGCCAAGCACUUAGAUUGCUGCUACAUACGGCCAUUUGGUGUGCUAAUGAAAAAAAAAGUGUACUCAUUAAUGAACAAGUAGUUCAAGCACCAUGGAUGACUUUCAUGUGGAUAUCUCUGCCAUAUCCAAUUUUUCUA